AUGGAUGUGCUCACCAGUGACCUUGCAGUACUUCACACAAUAAAAGACACUCGUUAUCUGAAUCCACACACACACGUACCAAAAGAAGGCCAGCUGUAUAAGCUAGCCUUUGAAUACUCUCAGGAUCCUUUGCUCCACCACCAAUUUGAAGACCUGUUCCAGGUCUCAGUACAUGUAUUUGAUGUCCUUCUUGUGUUGAUAGAAGACCACCCUAUUUUCCACAACAACUCCAAUAAUCCACAAGCUCCAGUGCGUGAGCAGCUCCAGGUACUUCUAUACUGGAUGGGGAGAUAUGGUAAUGGUGCUUCGAUUACAGACGUUGCACGCAUUUCUGGGAUUUUGGAGGGUUCUGUGGAGAAUUUCACAGAUCGGUGCCUGACUGCAAUCGAAGCUCUGCAUGAUGACUUCAUCCAUCCACUGACAGAUGAGAAGGAGGUAGAGAAACAGUGGAUAGAGACACACUUAGACUUUGGUGGACUUUGGUGUGAAGGCUAUAUGGUGUAUGAUGGAACAAUUGUAGUCCUGCAUCGGAAGCCAGCAUUGGAUGGAGAAGGCUAUUAUACUCGCAAGGCAAAUUAUGGACUGAAUGUACAGGUAUGCAUCUCGGAUUCCUUAUUACUUUGCCAGUUCACUGCCAGCCAGCAUCAUGUGAACCCCGUAAUGCCUACUUUGACCAAUAUGUCUCUGGAAUCAGGGUUCGUUCUGAACAUUGCAUGGGAGCAUUGA